AUGCCGCCGUCACGGCCGCCACGUCGCCGCUGCGGCCGCCGCCGACGCCCGGCCACCGCCGCAGGGACGGAUCCCUCCGCAGGCGGGAGCAGAGGGUGGCUCGCCGCCCGCCGCAGGCCGUUCAAGCGGCACGGGCCCGAGCACGGCGACCAGGCGCUGCCCCUGUGCGACGAGACCCUGCUCCUCGUCUUCUCCGCCCUCUCCGACGCCGGGGACCUCGUCCGCUGCGCUGCCGCUUGCAGGCGCUGGCGCCGCCUCGUCUCCUCCGACGCCGCCUUCAUCUGCCGCCGCGGCCCCCCGCGCUGCGACCGCUUCGCCCGCCGCCUCGCGGUCGGCGUCUUCCUGCACGGCGACGGCUUCGUGCCCUUCACGAAGCCCGACCUCUCGAUCACCGACGGCGGCGUGCCGGGCUCGUCGUCGCGCGUCGUCGCGUCCCGCAACGGCCGCGUCGUGAUGGACCUCCGCCGCGCCAAGAGCGCCUGCGUGCUGCGGCUCUGCGUGUGCGACCCCAUGACCGGCGACGCCGACCUGCUCCCGCCCCUGACCGGCAAGGACCGCCCGGGGCCGUACGCGUGCGCCCUGCUCACCGCCGACGACGGGCUCCACCUGUACGACGCAUGCGCGGCCACGUCCACGUCCUCGUCCUCGUACCGCGUGCUGCUCCUCUACAACCACCGCAGCUACACGGCGCUCCGGCGCUACUCCUCGGAGGACGGCAGCUGGGGCCCGGAGGUGGAGGUGACCGGCGCCCGGAUCGCGAGGGGGCGGCAGCUGGGCGUCAGGGCGCACGCGACGCUGGUGCGGGGCGGCGCCGUCUGCUGGUACGGGCUCGGCAUCGCCGUCAACCCGGCCACGCUGCACACGUCCAGCUUUGGCUACACCGUGCAGGCCUUCGAGUCGCCGCCGCGCCGCGCCAAGGCCUCCCUCGGCAGCGAGGUGGACCGGCUGCUGGGGCUGAUGCCGGACGGGAGGCUGUGCGUGCUGGAGUGCAAGGCCGACGCGGUGCGCGCCUACGUGGUCGUCUACGCCGACGCGGUGAGGAACGGCGGCGUGUCGGGGAGGAAGGAGUGGCGGUGGACGCUGAACACGGAGCUCAUGGGCCUGCAGGCGGUGAGGUUGAGGUGGUUCUGCGAGAAGAGCGGCGUGGCGCUCUUCACGGCGAGGAACAGGGGCGGCAGGACGCAGGUGUACGCGGUGGACGUGGAGACGAUGCGGGUGGGCAGGGUGGACUGGUCGGGGGACGGCGACGGGGACAUGGACGUGUGUGGGUACGAGAUGGACCGGGUGGCCAUGCUCGCCGAGCUCGACCGCUCCGCUGAGCUCCAUCCUGCUCCUCGGCAGCUCUGA